AAACCUAUCCUAGGUUUACAAGCUUGUGAAAAGCUACAAUUGGUCAAAUGCAUUGAUACUCUUGAAUCUAAAAUAAAAGUAGUUGAAAAAUAUAAAGUUGUGUUUGAGGGACUGGGAAAGUUUCCUGGGGAACCUUGUCACAUUGAGGUAAAAACAGAUGUGGCUCCUGUAAUAAAUGCUCCUAGAAGAGUGCCUCAAUCCUUAUAUAAAGAGUUAAGAAAAGCUCUUAAUGAAUUAGAGAAGUUAGGCAUUGUAUCGGAAGUUAAUCAGCCAACAGAUUGGGUUAAUUGUAUGGUAGUGGUUGAAAAGCCUAAUGGGAAGCUACGGAUAUGCCUUGAUCCUAGAAAUCUUAACAAAGCGAUAAAACGUGAGCACCAUGCAAUUCCAUCCGCUGAUGAAAUAAUUAACCGAUUAGUGGGAAAACAAUGUUAUUCUGUGGUCGAUUUAAAAGAUUGGUUUUGGCAGGUGCCGUUAGAUGAAAGAAGUUCAAAAUUAUGCACUUUUAACUCUCCUUUCGGUGGAUACAAAUUUAACCCCCUACCUUUUGGUAUUAGUUCAGCUCCUGAAGUGUUUCAGAAGAAAAAUCAGAAACUAUUUGGGGAUAUUAAAGGUGGGGAAAUUUAUUUCGAUGAUAUAAUUAUUGCAGGUGCGGAUGAAGAAGACCAUGAUAACAUUUUAUUAGAAGUUUUAGAGAGGGCCAAAGCUAAUAAUGUAAAAUUUAAUCCUGACAAAUUUCAAUUUAAAGUUCCUGAUGUAAAGUAUAUGGGUGUUCUCAUUUCAAAAUGUGGAAUACAAGCAGAUCCAGGCCAUGUUAAAGCUAUUGUUGCAAUAGAGAAACCCUCUGACAAGAGUGGUAUUAAGAGACUGUUAGGUAUGGUUAAUUUUCUUUCAAAAUUCAUACCAAAUGUUUCAGCUGUUACAGCCCCUCUAAGAAAUUUGUUAAAAAUUGAUGUAGAGUUUCAAUGGGGUCCGGAACAAGAUGUAAACAACCAUUAGUUCAACACCAGUUCUAAAAGUGUUUAAUGAAUCUUUACCAAUUACUAUUCAAUGUGAUAGUUCAAAAGAUGGUCUGGGUGCUUGCUUAUUGCAAGAAGGUCACCCCAUUGCUUUUGCAUCUAGAAGUUUAACUGAGACUGAGCAAAAUUAUGCACAGAUUGAAAAGGAAUUAUUGGCCAUUGUUUUUGCUUUUCAAAAAUAUCACAAUUUGAUCUAUGGUCAUAUGAUUGUUGUUGAAAGUGACCACAAGCCCUUAACCUCUAUAGUGCAUAAGCCAAUUAGUAAAAUUUCUUC